AUGUCAAUUCUUGAGAAACAAUAUCAUGAUGAAUUGAAAAUAGAACUUCAAGGCGUCCAGUAUUCUUCUGUGUCAAAUACGAGUAAGCAGAAUUCUGUUGACGAGACAGAGGCUGGAGGAGAAUCUCUUCCUGAUUUACAGCAAAUUGCUGAGGAUGCUGCCAGCAUUUCCAAGGUUGUGACGUCACGUAAAAAGAGGAGGCUCUAUGAAGCAAUUGCAGGCCUUUAA